CACAGAAUGAUUUCUCUUGGGAAACCUUGACUUAAAAAGUCUUCUCUUCCUAAGCAGCAACAGAAUUGGUCAUUUGGACUUGGCCUUGAUCUCUGAGGCAGUCUUCAUUGCUCAAAAGCGGUUUGCUUCAAAAGGGGAACCACUCAACUCAAUCCUUUUCUAUAUCUUUUCAGUUUUUGGAGGUAAAACUAGAUUGCUUGUUCUGGGUGUUCUUUGUUCUUCUGUUAGUGCUUACUGUUCUGGCUUCUUUUCUAUGUUUGGCAAGAAAGAGAAGUAGAUGCUAAAUGAUCUGUAGGAGAUCAAUCAAAUAAGGCAAGAAUUUGAAGUAGGGAAUAGGCUUUACUGGCUAUAGUUUAGAUUUUAUAGGCAGUGGUGGAGUCCUCCUUCUCUUCUAAUAGAGGAUUGGCAUAGACUACCAUAAUGGCUUUGGAGCUUAUACCUAUUGGGACUAUCCUGGCUGUGUUAACUAACCAGGUCAUUAAAACAGCUCAAGCUGCAAAGGAUGUUUUUGAUAAAGAGAGUUUCAAAGUCCUCUCAAAGCACUUGUUUGACAUUGAACUGGUCUUAAAGGAAUUACAGCUUCAAGAACUAAAUGAUUCUCAAGCUGCAAGGCUUGCUGUGGAGUCCCUAGAAAGAGAUGUGAAAAAGGCCAGUAAUCUUGUUGACAAGUACAAAAACCGAGCUCGAUUCUACUCCCUUGUCAGGUGCCGACACAUUGUCAAGGAGGUACAAGAAGUUACAAGAGACAUUGGAAAGUCUUUGGCUGCUUUAUCUCUUGCAAAUACUGAAGUGUUAUCAAGGAUAUCUGAUCAGGUGAAUAAGCUACAGAACGAGAUGCAAAGGGUAGAAUUUGAGGCUUCGCAGUCUCAGAUUCAAAUUUUUGACAGGUUAAAUCGGGGUCUUCAAGACCAGAUCCAUGACCAGGGUUUUGCAAAUGACAUGCUCGAAGAAAUAGCAAUGGAAGUUGGGGUGCCUUUAGAGCCCUCAAAGAUAAGCAAAGAGCUUGCAGAUAUCAGAAAGGACAAAGAAGAAGCUGCUAACAGGAAAGAAAGAGCUGAAGCUUUUUUCUUGGGACAGGUUAUUGAGCUGCUUUCUCGAGCUGAUGCUGCAAGGGAUUACGAAGAAGUCAAGAAGACAUACAACCAACGUGUUCAGGCCAUAGAGAGAUAUGACACAAGUGAAGAAUACAUUCCACCACUUAAAGCUUUUAUUUGCUGUUUGAAAGGAACUGUGAUGGUUGAACCGGUCAGCCUUUGCACUGGUACUACAUGCGAGAGAGCUGCCAUCACAGCUUGGUUUGAGAGUGGGGAGAGAACCGACCCAGAAACUAGAGAGGUGCUUGAAGAUACUUCCUGGAGGUCUAACCUUCCAUUAAGACAAUCAAUAGAAGAGUGGAGAGAACUUAAUUACUGCCUCAAGAUCAGGUCUUCCAAGGCAAAAUUGGUUUCCGGUGUUGAGACGUUGAUGUUAGAGGCCUUAAGCCAAAUGCAAGAUCUUAUGGGAGAGAAUUCUAUUAACAAGGACUGGAUGGCUAUUGAAGGGCUCACUGAUAUUAUAAUCUCUAUCCUUGGGACCUCUCACAACAGAGAUGUGAAGCGCAAGAUUUUGAUCACCUUAAAGGAUAUUGUAGAAGGCCAUGCAAGAAAUAAGGAAGAGGUGGUUGAGUCCCCAGGUUGGGAUCGCAUCAUUGGCUGCUUAGGGCGGGACUCAAGCAUCUCAAAGGCUGCAAUUGAAUUGCUUUAUGAAUUGCUACAAGACAGAUCUGGUUGGACUGUGUCUGUAUGUAAGAAACUCUCUCAACAACGCAGCACAAUUAUUUUCCUUGUUACCCUCUUAAAGGGUCCUGUGAAGGAGUCAGCUGAGAUUGCAGAAAUAAUCUUGAUGAAGCUUUUCGACAUAGAUGAGGAGAACAUUUCUCGUGCAGCUAAAUGUGGCUGGUAUAAGCCACUUAUUGAUCGUAUAGUUCAAGGGCCAGAAAAUUCAAGGAUAGCAAUGGUCAGAACACUUGUUAACAUGGAAUUGGACAACUCCAAUUUGAAGCUCCUCGGUGAGGAGCGAGUUAUACCUCCUUUGCUUGAAAUGUUAUCUGGAAGUUUUGGAUCUAAAGAAUCGUCUUUAUCUGCUUUGGUUCAAUUGUCAAGUUGCCGUGCCAACAAAGAGCUGAUUGCUGCUUCUGGUGGAGUUAAUCUCGUUCUGAAACUAAUUUUCUCUAAUGUGCGCUCAAUUAUUGUUACUAAAUGCUAUGAAAUGCUGGAGAAGUUCACUUCUGAUGAUGAUGGAGCUAAAUUCUUUGUUGAUGAAAAUGGUUCUCAACUUGACAUGGAACCGAUUGUCACCAAUUUGAUUGAAUUACAACAGAAUCCCAACUUGUCUUGCAAUGUGCGAAGGCCUGCCUUGCAGACACUUCAUGGAAUCUGCAAGUUUGAUGCUAGGUUGGUUAAAAAAGCGGUUCUCACUGCCAAUGCUGUAUCUCUGGUCCUUCCUCUUCUUGAUAACACUGAAUUAGCGAUUCGGGAGAUUGCGAUAAAUUUACUUUUCCUCUUCUCCCAGCAUGAGCCUGAGGGAGUAGUAGAAUACCUUCUCAAGCCAAGAAGGCUGGAAGCUUUAGUGGGGUUUCUCGAGAGUGAUGAUAAGGGUGAUGUACAGAUGGCUGCUGCUGGCUUAUUGGCUAACCUCCCAAAAUCAGAACGAUCACUAACUAUGAAGUUAAUUGAAUUGGGUGGCCAUACUGCAAUCAUAAACAUUUUGAGAACAGGCAACAUGAAAGCAAAAGAAAAUGCUCUAAGUGCUCUAUUCAGGUUUACAGAUCCCACAAAUCUGGAGUCGCAGCGCAUGUUGGUAGAAGGAGGAGCAUACCCUUUGCUUGUGAACUUUCUCAAGUCUAGCUCAGUGACUGCAAAGGCAAGAGCUGCAGCUCUAAUUGGUAAUCUUUCAACUAGCAGUCAGAUACUCACUGUUGCAUCCAAACCAUCCGGUUGUUGGUGUUUCAAGGCAUCUCGGGGUCCUAUAUGCCCCGCACAUGGCGGUAUAUGCAGUGUGACUUCAACAUUUUGUCUCUUGGAAGCCAAGGCUUUGCCUGACUUGGUAAGACUCUUAUCUGGUGAGGUUUAUGAAACUUCCAUCGAAGCAAUUCAAACUCUUUCCACACUGGUUGCUGAAUCCUCUCCUCAAAGAGGAGCCAAUGUCUUGCGUGAGGCUGAUGCCAUAAAUCCUAUACUGGAGACUUUGGAUUGGGGAACAGACUCGCUUAAAGAAGAGGCAUUGGGUCUUCUGGAAAAGGUUUUUAUGUCAAAGGAAAUGGUUGAAACGUAUGGAUCAACUGCUAGACUGCGCCUUGCUAGUCUAACCAGUCGGAAUAUUCAUGAGGAUGGCCGUCACAGGAGGAAGGCGGCCAGGGUCAUGUCACUCCUUGAACGUUAUUCGAAAUCAUCCACAUCUAUCGUUCCUGGUCUCUAUGCCUAAAUUUCUUGGUUAUUGGUUCAAAAAAGUAAUUUACAUUGUCAUUACAACGUUUGAGUUGGAGAGUUUAACUGUCACCUGUAUA